AUGUUUCACAUUAAAUUUACUGUUUUUGUUUCAGAUUCAAAUGACUGUUCAAGAUGUACAGACAGAUACUUGCCUAAUGAACAGCAAGACAAGUGUAUCGAGAAAAGAAUAGACUUUCUGUCCUAUGAUGAUCCCCUUGGAACCACACUGGCAGCUCUGUGUAUAUUUGCUGCAGUCGUAUCUGCUAUCGUUCUGUUUGUUUUUAUUAGGAAUAAAAACACUCCAAUUGUAAAAGCCAACAACAGAGAGCUCAGCUGUCUCCUGCUGUUUUCUCUCAUCCUUUGUUUUCUUUGUUCCUUACUUUUCAUUGGCCAGCCAGUAACAAUUACCUGCCUGUUACGCCAAGUAGUUUUUGGAAUUAGUUUUGCUCUUUGUGUCUCGUGUGUCCUAGCAAAGACAAUGAUGGUCAUCAUAGCAUUUAGAGCCACAAACCCCAACAGCAAACUUAGGAAGUGGGUGGGCCCUACGUUAACUAAUUCUGUUGUGUUCAUUUGUACACUGUUUCAAGUUGUGAUUUGUGUUGUUUGGUUAGUGAACUCCCCACCAUUCCUAGAACACAAUAUGAAAGCACAGACUGGAGUAAUCAUCCUUGAAUGCAAUGAAGGGUCCAGUUUGGCUUUCUGGUUCUUGUUGAGUUAUAUGGGCCUCCUGGCUGUAGUUAGUUUUCUUAUGGCCUUUCUGUCUAGAAAUUUGCCUGAUAGUUUUAAUGAAGCCAAGUAUAUCACCUUCAGCAUGCUAGUCUUCCUCAGUGUCUGGUUAUCAUUCAUACCAGCUUACCUGAGCACCAAAGGGAAGUUCCUGGUAGCUGUGGAAAUAUUUGCAAUAAUAUCAUCCAGUGCAGGUUUGCUUACCUGCAUUUUCAUUCCUAAGUGUGUAAUUAUUCUUUUAAGGCCACAAAACAAUAGCAGAGGCUAUCUAAUGAGAAAGGGUAAUAACAUUAAAUAA